GGCCCGAGCUUCGUCUUUUAACUCGGAGAAGCAGAUUCGCUGUGGCAAGGCGGCAGCAGCUAAUUCGGUCAGGAGUCAGGAUUUGGAGAAAGAGGAAAUGAAUCUGCUGCGGACACUGUAGAGUCCAGUGACUCGGCAGGAGAAGAUGGCGACCGUGUGGGAUGAAGCUGAGCAAGAUGGCAUCGGGGAGGAGGUGCUCAAGAUGUCCACGGAAGAGAUCAUCCAGCGCACGCGGCUGCUGGACAGUGAGAUCAAGAUCAUGAAGAGUGAAGUGUUGCGAGUCACCCACGAACUCCAGGCCAUGAAGGACAAGAUCAAAGAGAACAGUGAGAAAAUCAAAGUGAACAAGACCCUGCCGUACCUUGUCUCCAACGUCAUCGAGCUUCUGGAUGUUGAUCCCAAUGACCAAGAGGAAGAUGGUGCCAACAUUGACCUGGACUCCCAAAGGAAGGGCAAGUGUGCAGUGAUCAAAACCUCCACACGACAGACCUACUUCCUGCCUGUGAUUGGGUUGGUGGAUGCUGAAAAGCUGAAGCCGGGAGACUUGGUGGGUGUGAAUAAAGACUCUUAUCUGAUCCUGGAGACCCUGCCCACAGAAUACGACUCGCGGGUGAAGGCCAUGGAGGUGGACGAGAGGCCCACAGAGCAAUACAGUGACAUCGGGGGCCUGGACAAGCAGAUUCAGGAGCUGGUGGAGGCCAUUGUCUUGCCAAUGAACCACAAGGAGAAGUUUGAGAAUUUGGGGAUCCAGCCUCCAAAGGGGGUGCUGAUGUACGGGCCCCCGGGGACAGGGAAGACGCUGCUGGCUCGGGCCUGUGCUGCACAGACCAAGGCCACCUUCCUGAAGCUGGCUGGCCCCCAGCUGGUGCAGAUGUUCAUCGGCGAUGGUGCCAAGCUGGUCCGGGAUGCCUUUGCCCUGGCCAAGGAGAAAGCUCCGUCCAUCAUCUUCAUCGAUGAGCUGGAUGCCAUUGGCACCAAGCGCUUUGACAGUGAGAAGGCUGGGGACCGGGAGGUGCAGAGGACGAUGCUGGAGCUUCUGAACCAGCUGGAUGGGUUCCAGCCCAACACCCAAGUAAAGGUAAUUGCAGCCACUAACAGAGUGGAUAUCCUGGACCCCGCCCUGCUCCGCUCAGGCCGCCUGGACCGCAAGAUUGAGUUCCCGAUGCCCAACGAGGAGGCCCGGGCCAGAAUCAUGCAGAUCCACUCGCGGAAGAUGAACGUCAGUCCUGAUGUGAACUAUGAGGAGCUGGCCCGCUGCACGGAUGACUUCAACGGGGCCCAGUGCAAGGCCGUGUGUGUGGAGGCGGGCAUGAUCGCGCUGCGCAGGGGCGCCACGGAGCUCACCCACGAGGACUACAUGGAGGGCAUCCUGGAGGUGCAGGCCAAGAAGAAGGCCAACCUGCAGUACUACGCCUAGGGGCUCACCGGCCCAGCCUGCCCCCGGACUCUGGCUGGUGAAAACUCGUAAUAAAGAUGGUUUCAGGUCCCUGGUA